GGGCCAUUUAACUUCACAGGAUUCUUCUCUUUAUAAUUAACUCCGCUGCUUUAGCUUACUUUAGUGCACCUGUAGUAAAUGGUGGAUAGUUCAAGAGCUUUGUCUUUACAGCUGUAGUGCAAGAGACUGUACUUAAAACACUUUCAUUUGUACUGAAACCAAACCAUAUACACAGCCUCUUCUGCAAAUGGGUAGCUCUUGAAAACCUCAGGGACUAUUUUUCUCAUUGUUUGUCUUAUUUGAGCUGAAUUUUCAGAUCCUGCGAAUUGGUACUUCUAUUUCUUGAAGAAAAAAAUCCUCUCUUUUUUGUUGGAUUUUCUCGGCUCCGCAAGUGGGUAUUCUUGUUAUUGAAAACCAGAAAGCCUAUUGUGCUCUUUUACAUGCAGAUAAUGGAGAAGUGGUUCGGCAUUAAGUGUGAUUUUAUGAUUAUAGUAGCACUGUAUGUGGGUGUUUCCUUGGGUCGCGUUUGGGGUCAACGAAAUGUUGCAGCUGCAGAUACUGAAGGUGGAGUGUACAUUGUGACUUUGAAACAAGCUUCUACUUCUCUUAUUGACCCUCUUUUCUCCAGCGAGCUCAGCGGUGGCGGUGCAUCAAUUAAAUCUAACAGAUUAAUCAAGCCUAGCAAUGUUUCAAGUAGAUGGAGCCAUGCUUCUCACACUUUUAGAAUGCAUAAUUCUUUGUUGAGCAAGGUAUUCAAAGGAGAAAAGUAUAUGAAGCUCUAUAGCUACCACUACUUGAUCAAUGGAUUUGCUGUGCUCGUGACUCCCCGACAGGCCGAUAGACUGUCGAGAAGGAGAGAAGUGUCAAAUGUGGUUUUGGAUUUCUCUGUCAGGACAGCUACCACUUACACACCUCAAUUCCUUGGUUUACCAAACGGGGCAUGGGCCCAGGAGGGUGGGCAUGUAACUGCUGGAGAAGGAGUUGUUAUUGGAUUUGUGGAUACUGGAAUUGAUCCGACACACCCAAGCUUCUCUGACAAUACACCCGAAAACCCAUAUCCAGUUCCGGAUCACUUUUCAGGCAUUUGUGAGGUCACCCGGGAUUUCCCAUCUGGAUCCUGUAACAGAAAGCUGGUUGGUGCCCGCCAUUUUGCUGCCUCUGCUAUAACUAGAGGCAUAUUUAAUGCAACUCAGGACUAUGCUUCGCCAUUUGAUGGCGAUGGCCAUGGGACGCAUACAGCUUCUAUUGCAGCAGGGAACCAUGGGAUCCCUGUGGUUGUAGCUGGGCAGAAUUUUGGUAAUGCCAGUGGAAUGGCUCCUCGCGCACACAUUGCUGUAUACAAGUCAUUGUACAAGAGCUUUGGUGGCUUUGCUGCAGAUGUAGUUGCCGCAAUUGACCAGGCAGCUCAGGAUGGAGUAGACAUAAUAAGUUUGUCAAUCACUCCAAACAGACGUCCUCCUGGAAUAGCAACGUUCUUUAACCCUAUAGACAUGGCCUUGCUUUCAGCUGUAAAGGUCGGUAUAUUUGUAGUGCAAGCAGCAGGGAAUACUGGACCAUCACCAAAAAGCAUUUCCUCCUUCAGCCCUUGGAUCUUUACUGUUGGUGCUUCCACCCAUGAUCGCAUCUACACUAACUCUAUCCUUCUUGGGAACAAUCUCACCAUCUUCGGAGUUGGUCUUGCACCUGGGACGAAUCCAAAUACGAUGUACACACUGGUUUCUGCAGUUGAUGCUUUGAAUGAUACAAGAGCUUCAGAUGAUAUGUAUAUGAGCGAAUGCCAAGAUUAUAGUAAUCUCAAUCAGACUCUUGUUCAAGGGAAUCUAUUGAUAUGCAGCUACUCUAUCCGGUUUGUUCUCGGACUUUCCACCAUCAAACAGGCCUUAGAAACUGCCAGCAACCUUAGUGCUGCUGGUGUAGUCUUUUAUAUGGAUCCUUUUGUCAUAGGUUUCCAAUUAAAUCCCGUACCAAUGAGAUUGCCCGGCAUAAUCAUUCCGUCUACAAAUGAUUCUAAGAUUUUUCUGAAGUACUACAACUCCUCUCUCUUGAGGGAUGAAAUUACCAACAACAUCGUCAAGUUUGGGGCAGUUGCCUCCAUUUCAGGGGGAAUCAUAGCAAAUUUCAGCUUGUCCGCUCCAAAGGUUAUGUUUUAUUCUGCUCGUGGGCCAGACCCAGAGGAUAAUUCUCUCACUGAUGCAGAAAUCCUAAAACCAAACGUCGUUGCUCCUGGAAAUUCAAUAUGGGCAGCUUGGAGCUCUGGCGGAACUGACUCUGCAGAGUUUCUAGGAGAGAACUUUGCGAUGAUGUCUGGUACAAGCAUGGCUGCUCCACAUGUUGCUGGUUUAGCUGCCCUGAUUAAGCAGAAGUUUCCAUCUUUCACUCCUGCAGCUAUAGGAUCUGCACUUUCGACAUCGGCAUCUGUGUAUGACAAAAGUGGAGGCCCCAUACAAGCCCAACGUGCAUAUUCUAAUCCAGACUCUAACCAAUCUCCUGCAACACCAUUCGAUAUGGGGAGUGGUUUUGUGAAUGCUACUGCUGCUUUGGAUCCUGGUCUCAUAUUCUAUUCAAGCUACAGUGACUACAUGUCGUUUCUAUGCGGUAUCAAUGGAUCAUCCCCAGUGGUUCUGAACUACACUGGUGAAAGCUGUGGGUCCUCCAACAUGAGUGCCAUAGACCUAAACUUGCCUUCGGUUACAAUUGCACAUCUCAACCAAUCAAGACUAAUCCAACGGACCGUGACUAAUAUUGGUGAAAACGAAACUUACGUUGUUCAGUGGAGCGAACCGUAUGGGGCAUCAGUGAAGGUGACACCAAGCCGAUUUCAUAUUGGACUGGGUGAGAGUUUGAACUUGACGAUAUCGUUUGAUGCUAAGAUGAACCAUAGCAGCCCGAGUUUUGGGAGGAUUGGGAUGUUUGGGAAUCAUGGUCAUGCUGUGAAUAUUCCUAUAUCUGUUGUAGUCAAGAUUGCAUACAACAAUACGACCUAGUGGUUGACUUGAUACUUUUGGUUAAUCUUGUUUUUCUGAAUUUUGAUUUUGCCCAAUUUUUUGAUUUUUUAGCUUUGUAAAUAUAUUAACUCACCGUUGUUAUAACCUGUUACUCUGUCCAGAAAAUGACCCUUUGCUUAAUUGAAGGCUUAACAUCACAUUCUUAUU